AUGAACUUCGACGACUUGCUGAAAAUACUGGGAGAACUUGGAACAUAUCAAAGGCAGAGAUAUGCCUUACUAUGCAUAGUUGCAGUUUACUCUGUUACAUCCACAGUUGGUAUUGUGUUUUACGGCAUAGAGCCUAACCAUCACUGCAAGAUACCGUCAGCAUACGUCGAUGUUGUCACCAGUAAAUAUGGGAAUGUUUCGCAGGAGGAACUGCUGAAUCUAACCAUACCAUACACAGACAAAGGUGAAAGGAGUUCUUGCAAGCUGUAUACAUUCGAUGAACGGUACAUGUAUACAGCAACGUGGUUUCUUGCAAAUGAUUCAUUUUACUAUGGCACAGCCUUGAAAAAUAACACCAACACGUCUUGGACGGCCAUCAACUACAAAGGGAGUAAUAACCAGGCUGGUCCACCAAGUUCAGCACCGUGUCCAGAAGGAAGGGUGUACAGCUCUGGCCAGUAUGAGUCGACCAUCGUGUCAGAGGGUCUAGGAGGUAGUCUAUAUCUCAGUUUUGCCCUACUUGGAGCAGCAGAUAUCCCAGGGCUAUUGGCAGCCGCCUUCUGCAUAGACAAAUUGGGACGACGGAAGACGAUCUUUGGGACAAUCUGUCUGGGUGGCAGUCUUUGUAUUGCCUCUGGACUGAUUCCAACAAGCAUGUUCUAUCUCACCAUUGCAUGUGCCGCACUCGGAAAAAUGCUGAUCACUCUGUCGAAGGCGGUUCUCGGAAUGUUUUUAGUAGAGAGUUACCCAACUGUUAUCAGGCACAUGGGUUUGAGUUUUUGUUCGUCGGUCGCCAGGCUUGGCGCCGUAAUCACCCCUCAGAUUCUAUUCCUAGGCCGUGUGUACAGACCUCUUCCUUUCAUUAUUUGGGGCGCAGUGGCCAUCUGCACAGGGUUCCUGAUUCUCCUGGUUCCUGAGACCCUGAACAAACCACUUCUGCAGACCGUGGAAGAAUGGGACGUCGUGCUUGACAGGAAAAUCUUGGGUUGUACUUCAAAGAAGGAUGGAAAUGUGGCUCGAGACACCACAACAACUGGUGAAAGUUCUUAUUUGUGA